GUCUGCGACUCGCAUCGCCACAGCGCCACCUGGCGUCUCUUUGCGGCAGCGCCCGCAGCUACCGACGGAAGUAGCCGGUGUGUCGAUGACACGUCAUUGAGGUCAGACGGGAGGAAAGAUGGCGAGCACCUACGAGAGUUUCAACUUGCGCACCACACCAGAGAAGUUCUACGUGGAGGCUCUUGAUGAGGGAUCCGAGGACGUCCUCGCCAUCGACCGGGUGUCGACGGAGACGACUCUCACAGUGAGGAGGGACAUCCCUGCGUCUGCUGAGACCCGGCCGAUAUGCGGCCUCAUGGGGACCAUCCGCCUGGUGGCAGGCAUGUACCUGGUCGUCAUCACAAAGAAGAAGAAGGUGGGGGACCUGCUGGGCCACGUCGUGUGGAAGGCCGUGGACUUUGACAUCGUCUCCUACAAGAAGACGAUCCUGCACCUGACGGACACCCAGAUGCAGGACAACAAGGCUUUCCUGUCCAUGAUCAACAACGUGCUUCACACGGAAGCCUUCUACUUUGCAACGGACUACGACCUGACCCACACCCUGCAGCGCCUGGCCAACACCAGCCCCGAGUUCCAUGAGAUGAGCCUCCUUGAGCGGGCAGAUCAGCGCUUUGUGUGGAACGGCCACCUGCUGAGGGAAUUCAUCGCACAGCCGGAGUUACACAAGUUUGUGUUUCCUGUCGUCCAUGGCUUCAUCACUAUGAAGUCGGGCUGCAUCAGCGGAAAGGUCUUUGAUUGGAUCAUUAUCUCCAGGAGGAGCUGCUUCAGAGCCGGAGUGCGCUACUAUGUCCGAGGCAUCGACUCAGAAGGCCAUCCUGCCAACUACGUGGAAACGGAGCAGAUAGUGCAGUACAACAGCGCCAAGGCCUCGUUCGUUCAGACGCGAGGGUCCAUCCCCUUCUACUGGUCCCAACGGCCCAAUCUCAAGUACAAGCCCAAACCACAGAUCAGCAAAACCGUGAACCACUUGGACGGAUUUCAGAGACACUUUGACUCUCAGAUUAUCCUGUACGGAAGACAAGUCAUUUUGAACCUGAUCAACCAAAAGGGCUCAGAACAGCCUCUGGAGCUGGCCUUCGACAAGUUGGUGACCAGCCUGGGAAACGGCAUGAUCAAGUACAUCGCCUUUGACUUCCACAAGGAGUGCAGCCGGAUGAGGUGGCACCGCCUGCAGAUCUUGGUGGACAUGGUCGCUGAAAUGCAGGACGAAUUUGGAUAUUUCCUGGUGGACGCAGACGGGAAGGUGAUGUCGACCCAGGAGGGGACGUUUAGGAGCAACUGCAUGGACUGUCUGGACCGCACCAACGUCAUCCAGAGCAUGCUGGCCCAACGCUCGCUGCAGUCCCAGCUACGGAGAAUGGGAGUCCUUCACGCGGGGCAGCAGAUCGAGGAGCAGGCCGACUUUGGCAAGAUGUUCAAAAACGCCUGGGCAGACAACGCCGACGCCUGUGCCAAGCAGUAUGCCGGCACCGGCGCCUUGAAGACCGACUUCACCAGGACAGGGAAGAGGACUCAGUGGGGACUGCUGAUGGACGGCUGGAACUCCAUGAUCCGAUAUUACAAAAACAACUUCUCUGAUGGCUUUAGACAGGACUCCAUUGACCUGUUCCUGGGGAACUAUGCUGUGGACGAGGCGGAUUGGGCCACUCCGAUGCGGGACAACAAGGACUGGAAGUUCCUGACGCUGCCCAUCGUCAUGGUGGUGGCGUUCUCCAUGUGCAUCAUCUGCCUGCUAAUGGCUGGUGAGACGUGGACCGAGACGCUGGCCUACGUUUUGUUCUGGGGAACAGCCAGCGUGGUGACGGGGGGCCUCAUCCUCUUUAAUGGACUGGACUUCGUAGACGCCCCCAAGCUGGUCCAGAAGGAGAAGCUGGACUGAAUGUGUGCGUGUGGAAAGCAGCUUGGCCCUGGCGACCUCACCGCCUCAUCUUCUGGCUCUUCGUCACUUUACCCCCAGCAACAGCACCCGCAGGCCUGGAGCCUUUACUGACGGAAGGGGUGGAGGGUGGAGUGGAGUGGAGGAUGGCGGUGGGAAGCGGAGGCUGGGCCCCGUGCGCGACGACGGCGGUAAAGACAGGGACUGGGAGUGCACGGGGCCGGCUGCUGUCCACACUGCAGCUACUGUCAUGUGGACAGGACUGUCUGUCUGCUGUUUUACUGGACACUAAACCUCUGGAGUUUGUUCUUUCUGGAUGUGAUUGUUUCAGGGGAAUGCAGUGGGACUAUACGUCCCAUUGAAUACUCUUAAUGGCUGUAUUGAGAUCAGUUCUUUUGCCUUUUGUUUUUUCUUGUUGCCAAUAUAUGUUCAUCCAUGCAGAGAUGCGUUGUCUGGGGUUAGACGGUGCCUGCGUCAAUUAUUCAUGACCAGCUUGAUGAGCCUGUCCUCUUCUUCAGGCUGCAGGUAAUCGGCCUUCUUCUGCGACAACUUCAAUUACACAGCCAGUGUAUGAACAGAAGUCCUCCGAUUUGUUGAAAGGUGCACUUUUUUUCACUCAACAUACUUUUGGUCAGGGGUCUUGUAUAUUUAACACGUUUUUUUGUGAGUGGGAAAUCCUCAUACAAGUUUGAUCUGUCAGGGUCCAAGGCAGCAUUGUUUCAGAGCGCAUGCGAAGGUUUUACCCGUACAUCCUUUUCUGAGAGGACCUGAUGCGUUGGUACCGGCGUCGGAGCACUGACCAAGCGGCAGUAUUGAACGAGUGCGAGCGAGAGGGUUUGUUGAGCACUACAUGUUGACCGCCAUGUGUCGGAGUAAAUCAUUACAACCAACUGUAAUCCCAGGCAACUAACAGCGUUUAUUUACCAUAAAACAUGUGUGGCCAGAGAAGAGGGAUAUGUGCAGCCCAAAAACUAGCAAGAGUCCGCUAGAAAACAGCCCAGAGGACCAAUUCUUCUUCUUCCAAAGCAGCAGUCGCUCCAGAAUUGGCCAAAUCUAUCCAGAGAGUUGACUGACCUACGGCCCGUCCGAUCCUUGAGCACUUGAUUUAUUUAUGCUCCAAAUCCCAUGAGAACUUUAACUAAUACAACCUACAUGUUUUAUCAGAAGAAUGCCAACCCUCGCUUUAGUGAUAGUUGGCUACAGCAGUCGGCGUCAGUUACCAUCACAAACCGCUUGUUUUCAUUUGGCACGGAGAUGCAUGGAUAUACAGAUUUGCCUGUUAUGUUAUCUGUGACAUUCCUGAGUAUAUGGUAAAUGUUAACAAUAUUUAAUGUUCUGUUCUAUUGGGUAGUACGACAGAGAGACGUUAUUUCCCAGUUAUUCUGUUCCAAGAGGAUGUUCAACUUAAGGACGAUCACACAAAUCUAUCAACUUUGACUCUGUAAAUUUAGAUUCAUGCUUCUUGAUCAAUGGGUCUCGUGUAAGUGAUUAAUGAGAAUCUGUGGCAUUCACCAAUUUAUUGUAUUAAGAAUUGUUUUCUAAAUAGUACGUGGUCCAGAUCUGUAGCACGAGUCAUGAACAUUUUGGAUUCAAAUUGUUAUGCCUUAAUCUGAAUGAAUUUCCAGUUGAAAUCUUACGUAAACUAGAUGAAAUAAAAUAUUUAAGACAAACUUGCAUACAUAUAUUUUGUUCGUUAUGGCUACAUGUUUACCGUUUAUAUUUUAUUUUAAGAUUUCAGGAUUUAAAUUGGAACUUUGGUACAGAAUUUCUACAUGACAGUUAUGGUCUCGCUAUGCCAGCUGCCUCUGGUCUGCAGCAUCGACCUCUUACACCUUUCAAAGUGGUAACUUCACAUACUUUUGCCUAUUACAUUAUUUUGCUGAACUAAUCUGCUUUGCUUUAGAACAUGAACUGUAUAGAAGUGGACGUGGCCACGUGAUUCCCCCCCAUUGGUCUGAAACGCUGUUUGGAAGCCUUGAGUUUAGUGUAUUCUUGCCGUCACCAUCUUGUUUGUGAUGUCGCUGGAGGUUGUCGGGUUACUUCAUGAUGCUGUUAUGUCUCUGUGACAUCAGAGUCCUCAUCAGAGCAUAGAAAUAACCCUUCCUGGUCACAUCAGGUUAUUUUUUUAACAGAAAUCUGAAAUGAAUUUGAAAGGUUUGCUCAACAAACAGUAAGUUGUAUCUCCAGUCAUCAUCCAAGUUAACUGGAUGCUAAUGUUUGCUACCAAAAAACAAAUGCUUUGUACAAUGCAAAGUGUUUCAUUACAACAACAAGCUGAGUAAGACAUUUAGGUGACCGACAUAUCCGGCACUCCUAUUUAAUACCUUACGUUAUCCCAAAAUAGAGGGAACUCUGCGUCACUCUGCGUUAAAGCACUUUGGCUGCAAUGCGACGUGAAGGCUCGGUAGUUUGUACUCGGCCUUGACGUUGCUGCUUUGGUCUUGAACCGCUCCAUUUGUUGGCCGUUCUCUACAUUAGUCCUUGUGACUCUCUGUGUACCGUAUCGUCCGUUUUUUCACCGUCCAGAAACACGGGCCGAUGCUGCAGCGCCGCUCUGUGUGCCGCUCGUUUGAACCUACGAGGCUCGACCGCAGGGUCCUCGGUUGUUUUUGCAGUAAAACGCUUGAUUGACUGUAGAUGUGUCGUUUGGUGUAAAGAAGCGAUCUAAUCAGCGACCUGUUCAGUCAUUGAGCCUUUACGGCGCCAGGAAAGCCAAUGAAGGGCCCAAACAGAUCCGGCUUUCAUCAAGGUUAAGUGGAUUAAGUGCGUGCAGCGCGGUGUUCGGUAGUAAUGUGAGGUAUGUGUGUGAUUUGUGAUGAAAUAAACCAAAAAUACACAUGCUAAAGUAAAAUCUUUAAAAAACAAAACUUAAAAGUUCAACUUCAGCCAGUUGAGCUGAUACCGCUGCCUUUCCUGUUAAUAAAAGCUGUCGUGAGACGGUCAAAGGUGGUGUUUUAUGACAUUUCUCUCAAACUUCUUGACUACUGAAACGUUUUGACUCCUCCUCUAAACAGAGAGCCAUGUUUACCGUAGGCGUCCUAUUCAGGCCCCCUUAUCAGCAUCUAUUAGCUUCAGCAUGCAACAAUUGUGUUAUUUACCAGAUUGGAUAAUUGCAGCAGUACUUUGAACAGCCUUGACCUUGUGAUGCAUCAUUGUUUGCCCCAUUUAUUGUUUUAUUGUGUUUAGUGCUUCUGAGCCUCUUAUUAGAUGGCGCUUUAUUGGUUAUAUUGUUUUAUAAGUCUUUUGUAAUUUCCUUUUCUCAUGCACCCUGUAA